CAAUCUCAACCUAUUCUGCUUUUUCAAGGACGGAUUUGAAGGGCUCCAUGUACUCAAGCGCUGUUCCUGUGUUGGGUGAGUGAGGCGAACUGCAGCGUGACACAUGGCCAUUUUUAGGCUGGGUGGCUGUUACCAAGCCACCAGGCUGUCCCAGCCUCUCCUUCAGGCCGCAGGUUUCCUGGCUCUGAGUGCAGUGAGGCCAAAUGGCAGCGUGGAGGCUUGCGAUGACAGUGCUGCCUGUGUGCAUGUGGCAGGCGCGUGUUGGCACGGCUCUGGACGGCUGGAGGCUUUGCUGCCCACGUGGCACACACGUGAGCCCGCUUCCCAGAUGGCUGUGGCUCAGCCCGGCCACGCCAUGCCUGGCAUUUUGGCUGCUCUAAUUCUGGAGCCUGAGAGAUGGGAAGCCAGGCGCUGGCUGGCUGCCCCCUGUGACCUUGCACGUGAGGAGGAGCCGUGGGGCAGGGGCAGCCGCUUCUCUUGCUGCAUGGGAAAAGUUCUACCUUCCUAUAUCUGAGCUCUGGGACAUGCUACUGGCUGGGGAGCUGGAGGGCUGUUGUCUCCCUGCUGUGCUGCUUGUGCACCAGCUCAGUCCCUUGCUCAGGAGAGUUCUGACUGCUGCAGUUUGAAUGGCACUGGAGUGACCUUCUCACAGUCCCUGUGACUGCCCUGCUGGAAGCUUUUCCAUGCUGCUGCUGCUGCCUCCUUGCUAGAUUCCACCUGGAGCCAAGCUGUGCCCCAGAUCCCUGCUGUCCUUGGUGGCCCCAGAGAUAAGCACCUCUGUCUGUUAAAUGUGGGCACUGCUGUUAUCUGGGGGUGAUGUGGGCACAGGAGCUUAGAGGAGAAACAAAGUUCUCAGUGGUAGCAUUUACAGGGGUUGGGUAGACUUUGGUUUUGUGCCUUACUUUGUUGUGGUUUGUAUGAUUUGUAUUAUUUUAAAAAAUGUAUCUUACCUCUCUAAUUAGAGCUGAUGCCCUGUGGGUCUGCAGGUUGUCUGACCAAUCUUGACAACUCCAAACACUUCACUUGCUCAGCUUCACUUCAUCACUUUCCUGUGCACCAGCUACUCUUAAUGGUGUUACAGCCCUGGUAGACCACAGUUAUCAUUGAUAAUUACCUUGCAAACCAUAAUUCCCACUGAUGCAGCCUGUGCUUCCUGCUGCUCCAUGCCAUUGCUCAGUCAGCAUAGCACGAGGAAGCUCUAUUCCCUUAUUACUCAAACAGGUUAUUCAACUAAUUGUUACUCGCUUUACUUCUGAGGAAAGAGAGAAACUGAAGAGUGCUGCCAGUUUAUUGGUGGCUCAGCUUCACUUAGGGCUGUUUGGAUGCUCUGGGAAGCAUGCACUCCUUGGAGCUGUAGCAGGAUAAGAAGUUCCCACUCCUUCCUGCUGCCUGUUAUGCUGCAGCUGAGAUGUAGCAGCUGAAAUGGGCUCAGUGUGCUUGGAUGGACAGUCAUGCUCCAUUGGUUAUGUGAUGAGUGUCUGGAGCAGGCUGAGGAAUAACAAGCCUGGUAGUCAGUUCUGAUGCUUGAUGGAGCGCAAAACUGUUUAACCUGCUGCAGUGCAGCUGCCCAGGCGUGGAUCUGCCACAGCUUUGCUCCCACAUGGCUGCUCCUGAGCCUUGGCUGCUCCACAGGGUCAUUGCUUGAGUUAAUGUGUCUCAAGAAAUGCUUACCUGCCAUUUUUCUUACUGCACAGCACAGUGCUAAAUCUUUUGCUAACCUGUGUGGUCACUCUUACAGGGAGGCUUUGCUUUGAUUUAGCAGCUCUGCAUCUCCAAAGUCAGGCUCCUGAGUGAGCAGGCAGGCAGUCUGCAAUCCUCCCAUCAGUGUGGCUCUGCUGUAGAGGUGAUAACCAUUCAGGUUUCCCUGGUGUUGUGCAGAGCCUGGCACUAGUGUCCUGCAUGCUGCUGUGCAGCUGGUGACUGCUGCCCUUGUCUGGUCUCAUGUGAAUGGCUGCAGGCAGCUGGAAGGCUCUCACCCAUGCAGCAAACUUGCCUUUCUCAUCAGGGCAUUCUGGUAGGUGUGCGUCUGUGUGUUUACCUUAAAGAACUUGCAUUUACUUAAGUCAGUGAGAGGCUCAGCAGAAGCCACGUGGCCAAAAAAUACUUCUCUCCAGCUGAGUAUGCACACAAUGUGGAGUAUGUAAAACACAGGCUUUUCAAGUGCUGAAAAAUGCAAAUGCAUCCCUGCUGUGGUCCAGAUGAUGAUGUAAGAUUUUGGAUUGCUAGUUGUCAAAUGCAGGAUUAAAUUUGAGGCUCAAACUGUGUUUCACCACGUAUUUCAUCUGACUGUGUUUCUGGAGGGCCUGGUGAGUUGAAAAUUGCUUUCUGUUUCAGAGGAAGGCUUGCUGUUAGCUCAGUCACACCUGCAAUUGCAGCAGAGCCACUCCUGUUGGUUCUCAUCAGCACUGCUUAAAGAGGAUGCAGUCAGGGCUGUGGAGGGAAGGGAAUGAGCCGGGGGAUUCUAUGAAGAUCACAUAUGGCGAGUUGCUGCGUAAAGUCUGUCAGUUUGCUAAUGUCCUCCGUAACCACGGUGUGAAGAAAGGUGACCGAAUUUCCAUCUACCUGCCGAUGAUCCUGGAGCUGGUCAUAGCCAUGCUUGCCUGUGCCAGGAUUGGAGCCAUCCACUCUGUUGUGUUUGCAGGUUUCUCAGCAGACUCUCUUUGUGAGCGGAUCCUUGACUGCGGUUGCUCCCUCCUCAUUACAGCAGAUGCCUUUUAUCGAGGGGACAAGCUGGUCAACCUGAAGCAGAUUGCAGAUGAAGCCCUCCAGAAGAGCAAAGACAAGGGCUUCCCUUUGAAGAAGUGCAUUGUGGUGAAGCACCUGGGACGGGAGGAGGUAGCAGCGGACGGGGCAUGCAGCCAGUCUCCUCCUCUCAAAAGGCUGUGCCAGGACGUGCAGGAAAAAAAGACUGAGAGCUCACAGAGACUCCAUCCCAAGAUCCCCUGGGAUCCACGCAUGGAUGUGUGGUGGCAAGAUCUAAUGAGCGGUGCCAGCACGGAGUGUGAGCCUGAGUGGUGCGACUCAGAGGAUGAACUCUUCAUCCUCUACACAAGUGGCUCAACUGGGAAACCCAAGGGUGUGCUGCAUACGGUGGGUGGAUACAUGCUUUAUGCUGCCACUUCAUUUAAGUAUGUCUUUGAUUACCAGCCUGAGGAUGUCUACUGGUGCACAGCUGACAUUGGAUGGAUAACAGGCCAUUCCUACAUCACUUACGGACCCUUGGCAAAUGGGGCAACUAGCGUAUUAUUUGAAGGUAUCCCCACCUACCCGGACGCUGGGCGAAUGUGGAGUAUCAUUGACAAGUACAAGGUGACCAAGUUCUACACGGCACCCACAGCCAUCCGGCUGCUGAUGAAGUGUGGGGAGGAGCCUGUCAAAAAGCACAGCCGGAAGUCUCUGAAGGUGCUGGGGACUGUUGGGGAGCCCAUCAACCCUGAAGCCUGGCUGUGGUACUACCGUGUGGUGGGAGAGGAGAGGUGUCCCAUUGUGGACACGUUCUGGCAGACAGAGACGGGUGGCCACAUGCUUACGCCUCUCCCUGCUGCCACUCCCAUGAAACCAGGCUCUGCUACGUUCCCCUUCUUUGGUGUGGUCCCUGCCAUCAUGAACGAGUCGGGGGAAGAGCUGGAAGGAGAAGCAGAAGGCUACUUGGUAUUUAAGCAGCCCUGGCCAGGAAUAAUGCGCACUCUGUAUGGAAACCACCAGCAGUUUGAAACCACGUACUUCAAGAAGUUCCCUGGGUACUACGUGACAGGUGACGGUUGCAGGAGAGAUAAAGAUGGUUAUUACUGGAUCACAGGGCGAAUUGAUGACAUGCUGAAUGUUUCUGGCCACUUGCUGAGCACUGCAGAGGUGGAGUCAGCUCUGCUUGGGCAUGGAGCCGUCUCUGAGGCCGCUGUGGUCAGCCACCCACACCCCCUGAAAGGAGAGUGCCUCUACUGCUUCGUGACCCUGAAAGAUGGCCAUGACUUCACCAAGAACCUGGCAGAUGAGCUGAAAAAACAAGUCAGGGAAAAAAUCGGACCGAUAGCAACGCCUGAUUACAUCCAGUAUGCCCCCAGCCUGCCCAAAACCCGUUCAGGUAAGGCGCCCAGCUACUGUGCUGGGGAGGACCAAUCAGUUCCUGCCAGUGGAAAGGAAUUAUCCCUGAAUUGUUUGUUGGGGAACAGCCAAAUCCAUGGAAAGAUCACCAGGCGGAUACUAAGGAAGAUUGCCCAAAAUGACAGAGAUCUGGGGGACAUCUCCACCUUGGUAAACCCGGGCAUUAUAAACCAGCUUUUCAACGACAGAUGUGACACCAAACUGUAGCAGCAUGACCUCUCCCUGCUGAACAGAACUGUAGCAGCAGUGUCCUGAUGAGCAGGUCCCUCAAAUAACCACUGUCUGCCCUGGGAAAGAAACCUUCACCUGUUGAAAUUGAAUGUACAAAUGUUAAGAGAUGAAGGAAGGCUGACCCUGGAGAGGCUGUGUCUUGCCAACGUGUUCAUGCCUUGGAGGAGUACGUACGUCACAUCAGAGAUGAGUAUCAUACAUCUGAGGUUUGGCCUCAUUCACACAGGGACUUGUGACUUGUGCUCCUCUGUUUUCAUCACCUCAAUCUUGAUUUUAAUUGUUUUCUCUUGGGGGGGUGUUGAUUAACUUUAUGUAGUUGAGGGGCCCUGGUGUCCUUCCCUUAGUGGGAAGGAGCUGCUCUGGUGUCCUUCCCUUAGUGGGAAGGAGCUGGGGGACAGGUUGUAGGGGAAGUGGUACUGAGUUACUCAGUGCAAGCAGGCAAGGAAGGCUCAUCUGCCACUGUCUACAUGCUGAGUAAGCUUCCUUUUCUACUCAGAGCUACGGGAAAACUUAAAAGCAUUCUCACAUCAUAAGCACAACUGAGUUUUAGUCUUGCAUCCACUGUUUUCUAGCUUAAGUCCCAUACCUGAAAGGGAAUGAAGCAAAGCUUAGGAGCUCUGUGCUUUAGCUGGAUUUUUUAGAGCUCUUUGGUACCAGGUUCUGCUGUUGUUAUCCAUGUAGUGCCAGCUGGUGCAUGUUUCCCAGCCUGGAGUCCUUUGCUGGCUGUGGCCAUGGUCUGGUUGCUUGCAGCCCAGCUUACAUGGGUUCAUCCUCACAGAGGCAGCACAGCCAGAUGUCCCUUCCGAGGGCUGGGUUGGGUGUGUGCUGCUGGUACCAAAGGAAGCAGGGAACAGAGCACUGCAGAGACACCUUUCCCACUGCAAGCCAACCAAGCAUGUGUUACUUCUGCUUAAAUCUGGCAUGACUUUAUGAUGAUGAGAGAAAACAGUAACUCCAGCCCAAGUCUGAACACCAUGAGGGUAUUACCAAAGCCAACAUUUCCUCAUCGCGUUGAUUACAUUGAACAUCAGCCCUGGAUCGAGCUGGGAAAGAUACCUCCUUGUUAUGUCUGCAUUGAAAUCACACCUGAGCUGUUUGAUUUCUACACUUAAACCAAAGGAGAAAUGAGCUUUAAAGAGCUUUAAUGAGCAGAGCUGCUGCCCAAGUCUCGUUUCUUGCCUGCUGCUCUCACCAGCAUGGUACCUGUCUGUGACCUAUAACCUCAGUCGUGCCUGUGUCCCACAUACCACCCACUGCUCCCUUCCACAGGAUUGUGCCACUUCUUUGACGUGAGUUCCUACAUCUGUUCUCCUCCUCUGUUACUACUGUUGUGUAAUUUUGGCUGGAGACAGCUAGAACUCUAUGCAAAAUGGAAUAAAAAUUCAAGAAAACAGAAA